AUGAACGGAUCCGACGGGUUCCUCGCCGCCUCUACGGCGGCAGUAACUCGCGAAAACACUUCUUGGCUACUGCGGGGUGCACGAGGGGCAGCAGCAUCUGGAAUAAACAUGAACAUGCAUCCUGCCUGCCAGCUGCAACCGCCCACCGAGAAUAAGACGGAGUCUUCGAGGAGCCAAGGAGAUGCAGGCGAUGUUCAUAGAUACGCUCACACGAACGUCCAUGCCCCAGCGUCUGUCUUGCAAGCCGCAGAUAAGGGCGCACUUUUGCAAGACCUCAGUAUCGCUCUUUUCUCGAAGUUGGCGGAGUCAUUGCCGAAGGACCAGGGGCCUCUUAGCUUCUUGAGCUGGGAAGACGGAAGCUGGUACUGCGGGCAUGUACGAGAGGGGACCCUCGACGGUUUGGGGGUGUACAGGUAUACUGAUAACUCGGUCUACUGCGGUCAGUGGGCUCGUGACCGUCUUCACGGCUUGGGCGUCUUCAUAACGCCCAGUGGGUUUGUCUAUAGAGGCGGCUUUCAGGCAGACAAACAAAACGGGCCUGGUAUUUUUGUGGUGCCGCAGGGUCCAACCUUCUUUGGGCACUUCCGCGAUGGCCGGUUGCACGGCUUUUCGUGCUGCGUAUCUCCGGCCGGGGCAACUCGGCCGCUGCUGGGGGAGUGGCGAGAUGGGGAGUUUUUCAGGGCUUUGCCGGUCCAAGCCCGCAUAACAGAGUUUUACUCUCGGGCAGCAGAGUCCCUAGACCUCCUGCACUGCCCGUGGGCCCCUGUGCCUGUACCCUUGCCGGACGCGUUCAUUUUCGGCCUGUCCAAAGAAGAGACACCGCAGGCCCAUGCGCCUCCUCGGAGGGAACACAAACUUUGCGCUGCUUCGAUGCUGGAAGCCCUCCGCGUAGAGCUCCCGAAGAGUUUGUUGCAACUCGCUGCAGCUGAAGGUGACUGCCAUCCGGCGCACUCCCAGCAAGCAAAGCUCUCCAGUGGGCGGCUUUCAAACUGUGCGAAGCCCAUUGUGAGGAAACGGAAAGCCAGUACGUUAAAGGCGCAAGGCAAAGAGGCAGCCCCAGCCAACUCUCGGAACAAGGGGUUUGGUGGCGAUGGCUGCGGAACCAACGGGGGGUCUUCAGCACCUCCACGAGCCACGACCACAAAGGCGCAACUCUUGCGGUGGGAAAGCGAAGCGCGAAAGCUGCCUCGUAUUCCGCACCUGAACUACAACCGAGUGCUGGGCAGGUGGUACGCACGGGUUCGAGACCCAGCCAGUGGCCGCCGCAUCUGGAAGGGAUACACUUGCGCAGUUCACGGCUUCUUCCAAGCCCGGGAUAUGGCGAUUGAUCGGUUGAGGCAAUUUAGCCAACUCGUUUCCCCCCUGCCUAGCGCAACCCCAGACGAACCAGUAACAACGGAAGAGGGCCAACAGACGUCCGAGGUAGCCGCUUCCCCUGAUCAACAGCUCCAGCAAGACCAAGAACAAGAAGAAUCGUUCGGAGAAUCUCAGCAGCCCAACGAGGCUGCAGACAUAUGUGAUGUAUCUGGCACACCUCUAGGAGAAGUAAGAGACCCGUCUGAAGAGGCCUUCACACAAGAUGCUGCUCCUCCUCUCGCUGCACCUCCUGCAGCUGUUUCAGCUGCUUGCAGUUCUCUGAAACUCGCAGCUUGUGAAGUGAUCACUCCUACCACAUCAGAAACCCAGGGAGGGGAGGGGAAUUCAGUAGAGGAGAACAAGAUGCCAGCGAACGAGAAGGAAGGAACUCUAGGUAUUGGACUUUUCACUGACAAGGCCAUUGCGCCAGCUGUACUUGAGGCCGCGUGCGGUGCCAACACUGGCGACACAGCAGAGCCGCUGGAAUGCGUUUCGAAAAUCUGCCAGAGCGCGAAAGACCAAUCGUCUGUAUUCCAGUCUUCCGAACUGGCCUGCGGUGCAGAGACAUCAGAACGGUCUUGCUUACAACAGGAAAAGGGUUUCGUACAGGACGAAGAGAGCGUUUCGUGCAGCAGGUUGACAACACAAGACUGUAGUGAUUCUGCACUCAGAAGCUGCACCCCCACAUAUUAUGAAAGCGCAUAA